AUGUUUCUUCGAUCAUUUCUAUUAUUGGCAUCUGCCAUCCCACCUCUGGCGCUUGGAGCGUCACUACAAUCUAGUACCCGUGGUACAGGUUGCACCCACGGCCCUUCAAACCGAGCAUGCUGGAACGAUGGGUAUGACCUAUCGACCAACUACUAUGAGGAUGUACCAGAUACGGGUGUGGUUCGCGAGUAUUGGUUCAAUAUCGAGAAUACUACCGCCGCUCCUGAUGGUGUCGAGCUGCCCGUUCAGCUCAUCAAUGGCUCCUUUCCUGGGCCCACGAUCAUUGCGGAUUGGGGUGACACGAUUGUCGUCCAUGUUACAAAUGCACUACAAACAAAUGGCACUGGGCUCCACUUUCAUGGAAUUCGCCAAAACUGGACCGACCAAAUGGACGGUGUCCCCAGCAUCACUCAAUGUCCGAUAGCUCCAGGUGAUUCCAACACUUAUAGAUGGCGAGCAACUCAGUAUGGCACAGGCUGGUAUCACUCUCACUUCUUCGUCCAAGCGUGGGAUGGCGUCUUUGGAGGAAUUGUCGUGAAUGGUCCAGCAACAGUGAACUAUGAUGUCGAUCUCGGGCACUUGUUUUUGAAUGACUGGUACCACAAAACGGCAGAUGAACUGGUUUUGGAAGCAUCAACCGGGGGUCCACCAACCGCCCCGAACGGUCUUAUUAACGGGACCAACACCUACGGCUCCCUAGGUUCCCGUUUUGAGACUACGUUUGACGCCGGAACCAGAUAUCGUAUUCGCCUCGUUAAUGCUGCCGCAGACAACCACUUUCGCUUCAUGAUCGAUAACCACACAAUGGAGGUGAUUGCAACAGACUUCGUCCCCAUUCACCCGUACAACACAACCCAGCUGAGUAUCGGCAUGGGCCAGCGGUAUGAUAUUAUUGUUACCGCCAAGGAGCUAAAUAGCGGUAACUUCUGGUUGAGAGCAAUUCCACAGGAAGCAUGCUCGGAGACCGAUGCGGUAGACAACAUCAAGGGCAUCAUCCGCUACAAUAGCUCGUCUACUGCUGAGCCAACCACAUCGGCGUACGCCUAUACAGACAGCUGUUCCGACGAGUCACCAUCCAAUCUCGUCCCAUAUCUGGCUAUCAACACAUCCGAGAGCUACGUGUAUAGCACUAGCGAAGACGUUGCAGUUCAGGUUACCGAGAACGCCUUGCUGUGGACAAUGAACAAGACAUCGUUCCGCACCCAGUGGGAUUACCCGACCCUCAUGCGCGUAGCAGAGCAUAACCAUACGUGGACUGCAAAGGAGCGGAUCAUCCACCUCCCAUAUCGAGAUGAGUGGGUAUAUAUGGUGAUUCAUUCGCCCUUUGCUCAAGACCACCCGAUGCAUCUGCACGGGCAUGAUUUCUGGGUUCUCGGCUCGGGGUACGGUGAAUUUGAUUCCUCCCAGGCAGAUGGCUUAACGUUGGUCAAUUCUCCUCGCAGAGAUGUUGCUAUGAUGCCUGCCAGUGGCUAUUUAGUUAUUGCGAUCAAGACAAACAAUCCCGGUGCAUGGCUCAUGCACUGCCACAUUGCCUGGCAUACGUCCGAAGGCUUUGCAGUACAGUUGCUAGAGCGGGCUUCAGAGAUUAGUAUUGAUCACGAUACGCUUAACCGCACCUGCGCAAAUUGGAAGAGCUAUGUCGCUGCUCAAAGCGUAGUCCAGCAUGAUUCGGGUGUGUGA